AGUGAGUAAGACGUUCGUAUUAUGCUAGUUUGUGUUUCAGGUGGUUGAAUUUAAUUGUGACUACGAGGUUCUUUGGUGUGCUAUAUAGCUGCUGGUAGUAAUUUAUAGCUGCGUGCAGUAGCACUCCGACAAACUACGGUAGUACCUUGUAGCUACUGGUAGUUACUAUGGGACUCUAUGGUGUCUACAUAGAGGGCACUUGACAACGGGGCUACUCGCGCUACCCUGACUAUAUAGCACUAUGUAGUCACUAUGUUUUUUCCUGAUGUUGUUAUUAUAUUCCUGGCUGUAACCAUCACCUGCGGAGUAAUCGCGGGAGUAGCACUGCAGCAUACAGCAGGGGAGGAGUUGAUACUCUCUGGCAUGUAUAUGUGCGGUUAUGAAUUGGAAGGGAACGUGAAGCUUCUGUUUUUGAUGGUUUGGAUGCUCAACACUGUUUGGGAGGUCCUCGCACUGUCUUUCGGAUCAACGAUCGGGGACUGUUUCAGAGUGCUGAUACAAUCUCACGUUCUUUAUUUUGCAAGUUCCACACAUGUCAGCUUUGCUGGCGUCUCUUGCCUCCAGCUUGCUAAUCUCUCUCCAGGAAUCUGGAUGUUUGUGCUGGGACCACGCCUCAUCCUGAGCGUUCGAGAGUACCACGCCAAACUCGUUGCAUACUCCGACAUAGAAGCUAGCAUGAAUUCAAUUGUCUUCCAGGAGCAUGUAGAUGUAUCGACCAGCAGUACUGUAUAG